AUGAUUAUUGCUAGAAGAAGGUUCUAUAGAAGAGCCAUCAUCAACCGUAGGCGAAGUAAGAGAAAAUCAACGCCAAGGGUUAAAAGAUCGGGUGGAGUGGAUCAUAGGACUGUAGAAAAUGCUGGGAAAGGUUACUUUUUCAAAAUUUUCAAUGUGUUCUUGAAAAUGAAUGUGCCUACGAAGGGCCAGAAAUCGUUGAAAGUGACAAACGACAUAAUGUUACGUACCCUACCUAGAAAUCAAUCAAGUAUGUAUGCAAGGUCAACCACCGAUGUGUAUGGUCUAGAAGUUUAA